AUGACAGCUGAAACAGGUCCAUCGAGGCCUUACCGUCCGCGCGAUUCAGACGCUCCCGACGAGCGCACCAGUCUCAUUCCCCAUCACACGCCCUCCUCGCACGACCAAGAGGCUGCCUUGGGUGCUUCAUCGUCAGUGGACAAUGCUCCAAGUUUACCUACCAGGAGUCUCGGGUAUAUGAUUGUCCUGACCUUAGUCUUGGCCGGACUACAGUUCACAUGGACAGUCGAGAUGGGCAAUGGCACCCCAUACCUCAUCUCCCUCGGCAUACCAAAGCCAUUAAUGUCGCUCAUUUGGAUUGCUGGCCCUCUUUCGGGCAUGCUCAUGCAACCCAUCAUUGGACUUUUGUCAGAUACCAGUACACUAUCUUGGGGCAAGAGAAGACCGUUCAUCAUCGCUGGCACGAUUGGGGUGGUCACGAGCUUGCUUGUCCUUGGCUGGACCAGGGAAGUUGUCGAGCUGAUUGCAGGUGGACGCCGAAGUAUAGAGCAUGAACAUAAGGUGAGGACUGCCACAAGCAUACUGGCGGUCUUCAUGAUUUAUCUUCUCGACUUUGCUAUUAACACGAUCCAAGCUUCCUCGAGGACUUUGAUUGUCGAUUCUGUAUCCCCGCAGCUGCAGUCUUCUGCAAAUGCAUGGGGCUCUCGCAUGAUCGGAAUUGGUAACGUCUUUGGCUACCUUUCAGGCUACAUGAAUCUCCCACGCUACCUUCCGGCUCUUGGCUUCACGCAGAUGAAGGUGCUCUGCGCCAUUGCCAGUGCAGUUCUAAUUCUCACGGUAGCAAUCACCUGUGCUAGCAUCAAAGAACGUAACCCGAAUCUUGAGCUGCAGAAACGCAAUCAGCGGGAAAAAUCAGGUUUGGCCGAGGUAUGGGAGUUUGCCAGCCGUGUCGCUCUGUCCAUCUCCCGAAUCCCGGUGAGCAUCGAGCGCGUCUGCAAUGUACAAUUCUUUGCGUGGAUUGGAUGGUUCCCGUUCUUGUUCUACAUCACGACAUAUAUCGCUGAGAUCUACAUCAAGACGAGUGCGACACCUAGGGCGCCGGUGCUCUUCGAAACUCUCGGCGACACGAUUUCUGCCAACACGACUGUACCGCCACCGCCAGAGCGUGAAUGGGAAGCAGCUACGAGGGCUGGAAACUUUGCCAUGCUUCUUUUUGCGCUUGUAUCUCUUGGCGCGAACGUUUUGUUGCCCAUCAUUGUGAAGGAGAGCUCGACGGAAACAGGGGAGGAGAAGUGGUGGAAGGUUUUGACGCUUCGAAGGGCGUGGACACUGAGUCAUCUCCUAUUUGCAGGAUGCAUGUUUUCGACGUACUGGGUGAACGGGGUCUGGGGUACUACUGUGCUUGUUGCCGUCUGUGGAGUCUCAUGGGCGCUCACGCUGUGGGCACCUUUUGCGCUGAUCAGCGAGCAGAUCUCGUUACGAGCACAGGCGAAAGCGAAUCGCUUGCAGCAUGAAGAUACAUCCUCAGGUACAUCUUCGACUGAUGAAAAGGAGGAAGAGGCAGCUGGUGUUAUCCUGGGCGUCCACAACUUUUACAUUGCAGCGCCGCAGGUCAUCUCUACUUUGAUCGCUAGUGCACUUUUCCGCAUCCUUGGUGGCAGCGGGCCGGAGGGUAGGGCUGGUGACGAUAGCCUGGGUUGGGUUUUGAGAGUAGGUGGCAUAAGUACAUGUCUUGCUGCAUGGCUGAGCUUGAGGGUGAGAAAUCAUGAGGAGCAGCAAGAGACGGAUGAGGAUGAAGAUAACUGA